AUGGAUGUAUCCACCAGGGCCGACUAUGAUGUCGGAAAGGUCUACUACGAUCAAGGCCUGUGGGACACAGCGAAGGCGUGUUUCUCGCGUGCCGAGGCGCUAUUUACAGCCAGUAAUCCCAUCCACUCUUCGACCACGGCGGCUCAACUGAAGCUUGCAUGUAUCGCCAUGAAACAGGGAAGGCUUGAGGACGCAAUACCCAUGCUUCGACAGACCCUUCUCAUCUGCAAAUUGCUAGAGGAUGCCAGAGGAGAUCGUCGAGAGACGGCUCGGGUGAUGCGUCGACUUGCAGAGGCUUUGGACCUGGCAGGUCAGUCGGCCGAAGCCGCCCAAUACAAGGAGGAAGCUGAGAGCAUCCGCAAGGAACUUCAGGGCGCCCGGUUUGACGAGCUCGGCGACACGGAACAAUCCUACAAUAUGUUGAUGUACGUGGCUUUUUGGUAA